CGGUGACACCGUGGCCGGCGGCGGCGAGGCGAACGCAGAGGACGCGGCGAAGGAGCAAGAGGCCGUGCUGGAAGAGAGUCGCGAGCCGCAGCUGGAGAUGCCACACGAGCAGGCUCGGGCCGCCGCCGUCGAGGAGAAGAACUUGGACGGCGGCAUCGAGGAGGAGAGCAACGCGGGGCAAAGGCAGCGGGAGGAGGAGCAGAGCGCGCUCGACGAGCAGGCCGCCGGCGGGGGCCUUCGCCGGGAAGCGCAGGAGGAGCCCCAGAUCGACGGCGACGAACGAACGGGGGAGGAGAGCGAGCAGCGUCAGCCGGAGGAGGAGCGCGGCAAUGAACAUCCGCAGAACGAAGAGCAAGUGCACUCGUCGGUGUCGGACGCAAGCGGCGGCGAGGUUUUCCGUGACCAGAAUGGGGACGGCGGCGACGGCGACAAGCCGGCAGUAUCCGAGGACGCGGACGGCAAUGCCAGCCAGGACGGCCGCAGCGUGGAGGACUCGCUCGUCGGCGAAGCCCGCACGGAGGAGCACAAGGCGUGGGCGACGCAGGCCGACCAGUCCCACCGGGAGAAAGACCGCCGCGACGAGAACGCCGGCAGCAGCAGCGAGAACGACGGCGGCGAGGAGCACGAGUGGCGGGUGUGCAACGUGAAGGCCGGCGCGGACUACAUCCCGUGCCUGGACAACGAGAAGGCGAUCAAGAAGCUCCGGCCGGAGAACUUCCGGCGGUACGAGCACCGGGAGCGGCACUGCCCUGACGAGGGCCCGACAUGCCUCGUCCCGCUCCCCGGCGGAUACCGCCGGCCCAUCGAGUGGCCAAAGAGCCGAGACAGGAUAUGGUACAGCAACGUGCCGCACACGAAGCUGGUGGAGGUGAAGGGUCACCAGAACUGGGUGAAGGUGAGCGGGCAGCACCUCACCUUCCCCGGCGGCGGCACGCAGUUCAUCCAUGGCGCCCUGCACUACAUCGACUUCCUUCAGCAGUCUGUGCGCGGCAUCGCGUGGGGGAAGCACACCCGGGUGGUGCUCGACGUCGGCUGCGGCGUGGCGAGCUUCGGCGGCUACCUGUUCGAGCGCGACGUGGCGACCGUGUCGUUCGCGCCCAAGGACGAGCACGAGGCGCAGGUGCAGAUGGCGCUCGAGCGCGGGAUCCCGGCCAUCUCCGCCGUCAUGGGCUCCAAGCGCCUGCCGUUCCCCAGCAAGGCAUUCGACCUCGUCCACUGCGCGCGGUGCCGCGUGCCAUGGCACGCCGACGGUGGCGCCCUCCUCCUGGAGCUGAACCGCGUCCUGCGCCCCGGCGGCUUCUUUGUCUGGUCGGCGACGCCGGUGUACCAGAAGCUGCCGGAGGACGUCGAGAUCUGGAAAGCGAUGACGUCUCUGACGAAAUCCAUGUGCUGGGAGCUGGCGGCGAUCAAGAAGGACCGGCUCAACGGCAUCGGCGCCGCCUUCUACCGCAAGCCGACGUCCAAUGAGUGCUACGAGGGCAGGAGGCGGCAGCAGCCGCCGAUGUGCAGCGACGACGACGACGCCAACGCGGCGUGGUACAUCCGCCUCAACUCGUGCAUGCACCGCGUGCCGACGGUCCCGUCGGAGCGCGGCGCGCGGUGGCCCGUCGAAUGGCCGCGGCGGGUGCGGACGCCGCCGUACUGGCUCGACGCCGCGCGGGCCGGGGUGUACGGGAAGCCGGAGCCGGAUGACUUCACGGUGGACUACGAGCACUGGCGCCGCGUCGUCGGCAGGUCCUACCUCAACGGCCUGGGCAUCGAUUGGUCCAGGGUCAGGAACGUCAUGGACAUGAGAGCCGCAUAUGGAGGGUUCGCAGCUGCGCUCCGGGAGAAGAAGGUGUGGGUGAUGAACGUCGUGAACGUGGACGCGCCCGACACGCUGCCGAUCAUCUUCGAGCGCGGGCUGUUUGGCAUCUACCAUGACUGGUGCGAGUCCUUCAGCACCUACCCGAGAACCUACGACCUCCUGCACGCCGAUCACCUCUUCUCCAAGAUCAAAGAGAGGUGCGCGGUUCUGCCGGUGGUGGUCGAGGUGGACAGGGUGGUCAGGCCUGGGGGCGGCAUCAUUGUGCGCGAUGAGGCCGGCGCCGUCGGCGAGGUGGAGAAGCUCCUGAGGUCGCUUCACUGGGACGUGCGGUUGACGUUCUCCAAGAACGACGAAGGGGUGCUCUACGCUGAGAAAUCGGAUUGGCGGCCGGAGCUGAUCGAGGAGCCCUCAUAAGAUACCCCUUGACUGACCAUUUCAGGAUGGCAAGCAGUUCGUCUCCAACUCAAAGAUAGUUAGGGCUCUUCCUUUCUCCUCUCUUAGUUUUGCAGAUGUUACAUACGAAUAACACGUCCAUCAGAAGCGAGUACGGAGUACAUGGUUUUGCAAUAGCAUUGCAGUAUGUUCAUAAUCACUGAUAGAGAGUUUAGAUUAUUAUUAUAGCAAACCGAAUGCUGAUGGUAGUUACAGAUUCCUACUUGUGUAUCUUGGACGCCAAAUGAUAUAUGGAAU